AAUGAUCCAGCCGUGUACUGUGCACACAUGCCCCGUUCUUGUGGUUCUAUGGUUCUCCACUGACGUAGGUGAACAUGAUGCCAAUAAGCGAGUUUGACAGGAGGCUGCGAGGGAGACGCUGCUCUCAAGCUUAUAACAAAGUUUUACUCUACUGUCUGCUUCACUGCCACUGCUGAUCACUAUGUCUCUAAUAAGAGACUUUUCGAAUUUAGAACUAGCUCCUGGAACGGAUUAAGUUCGAAAUUUGAGGUUCCACUGUAUACAGAACAAUCAAUUCUGAUGUCAAUCCUGCUUUCCUGCUUUGAAGCUUUCCUGGUAACUGCAACAGAACUCAUAGGCAGUGUUGUUUAUAAAGAUGACCUGAAAAAUGGAUCUUCAGUCAUAUGGAAACAUGGCCAGGGAAUUGGUAUCAGACCCCCAAGAGAUGCAGCACUUGAACAGUCCUGAAGUUAUGCAAGCUCCUAAGGCUGUCAUAGAAGAGCAAGAGAUACUUCAAAAAGAAUCAGAGCCUCACCUUUCCACAACAGUGAAUGAUGAUCAUGAGGAAGAAGGUGCUGCUGAAGAUGAUAAAGCUCCAGAUGUGGAAGGGCAACCUAAGAAAAAGGCUACUAGACGUGGUAGAGCAAAGGUAAAGAAAAAAGGAAGAGGAAAACGAAAUGUUGCUCUUAGUGAUGCAGAAGUAGCAACAGCUUUUACGUUCAUGAGGAAGAGACGACAAGACCUCACACUUGGUGCCAAAGUAAAGGUUCUUGAAAUGCUUGACCAUGAACCCAAAGUACCACAAGGGAAGAUUGCCUCUAUGUUUCGUGUAAGUCAAAGUCAGGUUUCGAGAAUCAUGAAGAACAAGGAUGCCAUUAUGGCACAAUGGAACAGGUUUGCUACCCCAGACCGUAAACGUUGCAGACUUGGUAAAGCUGGUGCUCUCGAACAAAUAUUAGUUGACUGGUAUAAGGAAGCUAAAAAACAGGAUUUACCCAUAUCCGGUCCUAUUCUUAUGGAAAAGGCAAAAUCUAUAGGUAAUGAAAUGGGAAUAGAAUUUAAGCCUUCUGCUGGAUGGCUAGGGAGAUGGAAGGACAGAAAUGGAGUAACUCUUAAAAGAUUUAAAGAUAAAGAUGGAGCUCCAUCUGUCACCAAGGUUGGGAAUCACUGGAGAAGAUACAUGUUUACAAAGGCAACUAAGGAAUAUCCACUUCAAAAUGUGUGGGUUGUUGAUGAAACUGCUUUAGCAUAUAAUACCCUACCAAAAUAUAUGACUCCAGGAACUUCCAGUGGAAAUGAUAAAGUGUCUGUUAUACUGGCAUGCAAUUUAGCUGGAACUGAGCGGAGACCUGCAGCAGUGAUAGGACGACCACAGUCACUUAGCUCCCUUAAUCUUCCAGUGCCUUUCUACCAUCAUCCUAAAGCUGCUAUUACUUUAGGACUCUUUUCCUCAUGGUUGUGGGAAUGGGAUCGUGAAUUACGUUCAAAAAGAAAGAAAAUAAUUGUACUUUUGAAUAGGGCUGCUCAUCAUCCAGAAAAUCUACAUCUUUUCAACAUUAAUAUAACAUUUUUCCCACCAGGUACAGCAACUGUUUUGCAGCCAUUGAAGUUAGGUAUCAUCUACACAUUUAAGGCUUUGUAUAGAUAUCAACAACUGAAAUAUAUUUUGGCAAAGACACAAGCCAAUGAACAGAUGAAUCAUACUAAUGCAUUCAAUCAUAAUAGCUUGUCACCGCCAUCAAUGGGUCGGUGUGUUUCUACUUUAGAUGCAGUUUUUAUGAUAUAUAAAGCCUGGAAGCAUGUUAGUCCUGAAACCAUAGUGAAAGGAGUAGUGAAAGCUGGACUCAGCAAAGAUGUAAAUGCUUUGAAUGUCUAUGACCAAGUUAGCCCCCCACCUGGGGUUAGCCAGCAAGAUUUUGAAGCUUUUGUCACUUCUGAUGAUGGACUACAUUGUACUGAGCAUGAGGAAGCGUCCACCCAAAGUUUGAGUCCACACACAGGAAUGAUUACCAAUAUUGUUCAGUAUCCACAUUCCAAUAUAUUUAACACUUCAAACAAUAAAAGCCAGCAGCCUAACCAAAUUGAUGCCAUAGAAAAUGUUCGAAGUCCACCAAAGGCAUGUGAAGCUGUUAUUGCUUGCCAAGUUCUCAGACACUAUUUGCAGCAGCAAGGUGGCAGAUUAUUUGAUGAGUUUUCAGAACUGGAAUCUGCUAUUCAUUUGGACAUGAUACUUGAAAUGAGACCCGACUUCAGAAAUGACUUACAAUCUGAUCCUUUACAUGAUGCUAGUUCUGUUCAUAGUUUAGAAGCACAUCAAGUGGCUCAUGAACAAAAGCUGUACUAUAUUCAAAAGGUGCAAGAUGAGCUGCAACAACAAAAAGUUCAGAAAGAAAUGAAGAAGGCAACACAAUCACCUGUUCCAUCCCAGAACACACACACCACCCUCUCUACACCAACACAAGGGGAUGCAACAGAUGCACAUAAUCAAAUUUUAGGAUUACAAAGCCAUGAUAUGCAUACUCAGGAGAUGCCAAGACAGGAAAUGAUGAGACAAGAACUUCAACAGCCUGUGCAAAGACAAGAACAUGUACGCCACGAUAUGAUAAGACCAGAAUAUAGACAUGAAGUUCCUCAUGAUAAUGCUCGUACAUCACUUGUGGAACUUAAGGCUGUAAAAGUGUCAAAUUUUAGACCUCUUCAUUCAGAUGGUAGAAAUGAAGGUAGGAAUAAUAUUAAAAAUGAUGCGAUGACUGUACCAGCAGAUUUACGUAACCAUCCUGCAGCCAGUCACAACGCAGAGGCUGCUGAACUUCACCAUCAGGGAAUCCCAACAGAUAUGAGUCAAAACUUAAGACAGCCAGAUGCAAGGUUGGACAAUCCGGGGAUACCAUAUUAUACAAUACCAAAUCCUUUGCAUCAUUAUAUGCAACCAAAAUAAAGCGUAAUGCUUCAAGAAUUUUUAGUAUUUUAGCAGCUAAUAGUGUAUAUAUGUAUUACAUAUUUUUUAAUUCUGUUGUAAUCGAAUAUGAUUUUUUAACUGCUAAGUACAAAUUGUUUUGUAAAAUAUACGUUGUACAAAUAAUGCUGUUUAAUUUUAAGAUUAAAUUUGUAACGUUUUGUAUAUUUUUGUAAGUUGUGCCAUAGUUUCUUUUACAUAGGGAAAAUUUCAAUGAUGUAUUUAUUUUCUUUCUAGAUGAAAUAAUUAAAAACUACAUACAUACUGUAUCUUGAAAGAGCCUUCUAUUUUAAAUAUUAAGGAUUCCCUGUUAGGAUUCAUGUUAUUACCAAUACUUCACCAUCCACUUGAGAUCAGUCAGAAACACUGUAGCAGGUCUGCAAAUAAACAUUUAUUCUCUGUUAUAUAGAACUUCAGCAGUGAGCAUCUCUUUGACCUAUGGGAAAUUACUUUGUAUAUACGUACUAGCAUUAAGUAUUCUCUAUCACAUUUGUAUAUCUUUUUAUGUACUAAGUAAAUUAUCUCAAUAUAUACUUUCACUAACUGUUGUAAGCUCUGUUCCGUAACUCCUACUAUUUACACAGCUGAGGAAAAAAACUGAUGUAUGCAUAAUCAUUGUUUAACCCUUUCGGGGUUGUCUUGAAAAAUUUCGGCUUU